UAUGCAUAAUUACAAUGAAAUUGACACAGUCAUGUAUAAACGCAGGUUUACACAUUUUUCCUUAAAAUUAUUAAAGUAAGCAAGUACACCACCAGAUCAUAUGAUGCUAUCGAAAUAAUUCCAAACGUGGACCUUUAUUUUGAAGUUCCACCGGAUCCGGAAAUAGACGGUGAGCUAUUGACGAAGGUCCGAGCAGGAGGAGGCUGGCAGUCGCAGAGUCUCUCCUCCUCGCGCGCAUCACUCCGAGGCGGUUAGCAAUGAGACAGAGUGCAGCUCCGUCCUGGACCUUCCUCUUCCCGGUUUUCCCAGCCUGAAACCGCUCAGGAUGGACCGGAGGAGCCCCUACGCGGACAGCAAGGAGGUCACGCUGUACGGAGAAUUUACGCCGAGCAAUAACCUGAAAGUCCGGUGUGCGGUGAGCCUGACCGAGCGGGAGUUCAUCGUCCAGAGGCUCACCUCGGCACCUGCCAGGAGCAGCAAGGUGGUGCUGAGCCUCAGGGACUGCGUCGGCUGCCGGGCGUACCGAAAGGAGGACAAGGCGGACCCGGCGGGGUACUUUGCGGCGUACUUCUACCCGCUCAAACGCCGGCGGGUGAGCUCUCGGCUCUCGCGGCAGAGAGUGGAGCAGUGCUUUCGGCUCUCCGCGCUGCAGGACCCGCACGCGAACCUGGAGGAGGCGGAGAAGUGGGCUCGCGCUGUCCGGGAGCGCUCUGCCCGGCAACAGCAGCAUGGAGACGGCGUGUUGCUGUCCCGUCCGUGCCGGAUGCUGCUGCUGGUGAACCCUCAGAGCGGGAAGGGACAGGCGCUGGCCCUCUUCAACAGCCAAGUCAAGCAGAUGCUCAAUGAAGCUGGCGUCACGCACACCCUGUUCAUCACCGAGCGGCAGAAUCACGCCCGCGAGCUCGUCAAAGGAGCUGACCUGUCGCAAUGGGAUGCUUUAGUGAUCAUGUCAGGAGAUGGCCUUCUGUAUGAGGUGAUAAAUGGUUUGCUGGAAAGAUCAGACUGGGAGGAGGCCAUCCGGACGCCGCUCGGCAUCCUUCCUGGUGGAUCAGGCAACGCCUUGGCAGCCUCCGUGCAUUACUACUCCCGGGCGUCUCCGGUGUUUGGCGAGGAUCUCCUGGUCAGCUGUGGUUUCCUCCUGUGCCGAGGCCUGGUGUUCCCCAUGGACCUGGUCUCGGUCCGCUUCCCCUCCGGCCAGCGCCUCUUCUCCUUCCUGUCUCUGGCCUGGGGCUUCGUGGCAGACGUGGACGUUGAGAGCGAGAAGUACCGUCACUUCGGAGCGGCCCGCUUCACCAUCGGGACGCUGGUGAGGCUGGCCUGUCUGCACGUCUACAGAGGGAAGCUGGAGUACCUGCCCGCCGCCGGCCCGCCGGACGACUGGGUGGUGGUGCAGGAGCAGGACUUCGUCCUCAUGCUGGCCAUGUACCAGUCCCACCUGGCGGAGGACCUCCUGGCAGCUCCGGACUCCAGCUUGAGCGACGGCGUCAUUCACCUUUUCUACGUCACCGCGGGAAUCUCCCGCGCCGCGCUGCUCAGACUGUUUCGGGCGAUGGAGAAGGGCACGCACCUGGCCGCUCCCUGUCAGCACCUGGUGCACGCCAAGGUGCGCGCCCUCAGGCUGGAGCCGCUCUCGCCCAAAGGCAUCAUAACGGUGGACGGGGAGGUGGUGGAGUACGGCCCGCUGCAGGCCGAGGUGCACCCUGGCCUGGCCCGGAUGAUCAGCGGGUGAAACGACCGGGAGCUGCUGCCGGCGGUUCGAAUCCCAGAUGUGCAGGUUCACGGGGUAAAAGUUGUGACGAGGUUUGGAGGCGAAGGCAGAGAGUUCCAGUCCAAAACACACAGAAAAGAAGAUCCAAGUGAAGAAUUUGGAAUGACUUUUUUCUUCUUUAAAAGUGUUUCUCGUGGCGUGUAGCGGGUGUUUCCUGAAGCUUUAACAAACCCGUCCAGCCUCGCUCACAGAGGACGACUCUGUCCCUUUGAAGGGACAGAAAUCGUCUUCUGGGUUUGCACACACUGUGUUUUUCUUUUUGCACUGAGGAAGAGUGAGCAUGCACAGACACAGGAGCGCGCACGAGGAUUUUAGUUAUUGAAACGUGGAAAAACUGUUUUACUGAAAAUUCACAGAAAGUACACAAACGGAAAAAUCCUAAUCUGCUGUUAGACGGGAUGAAGAAAGUGUGUAUUUGUGCAGCGAUUGACACACAGUCACUGUGUGGGUUUAUCGUCUGCCGUGUCAAUGUGUGUGAGCUUCUUUGAGUCUGAUCUUUAGAUCUGCUCAUCUGGGACAAACUCUGACGUUUGUCAGAGUAAAGAGCUCUCGGAUGGUUUGAGGCGCAGAAAUCUGAGGUGAUGCAGCGCCGGAGAGACGAAGCUCACAGCAUCCUUGGUCUGUGCGAGUGUAGAGCUCCACGUCUCGACUCUAAAAAUGUUUAGCUCACUCUGAGACGACGGCGGACUUUGUGCUUUUGGUGACUUUUGACCUCCUGGGGCUUCCGAGUAAAUUUUACAGCAUGAAAUCGAACCUUUGAUGCUGCAAAAGCAAAUUCCAACCUGCUGCGAAUUCAAAACAAAAACAUCAGCAAUAUUAAAUCUAGAAAGACAGACUUUGUUUGGACGGAUGAAAGCUUUUUAUCAGCUUCAUUUUUCUUUUUAGUUUCUUCAAAAAUAUCUGUUGAUUAUUUUGAUUAACUGCCUGUUUGUUUGAUGGAGCUUCACCAGCGAAAAGGAAAUAAUUGAGCCAGAGGGAGAGCAACACAGCUGCAGCUGCUGCAUCUGCACCUCUGCAGCUGCAGCAGUCCCUGCAACAUCUGCGCUUCCGCAGUUGCAGCAGCCCCUGCAGCAUCUGCGCUACUGCAGCUGCAGCAGUCCCUGCAACAUCUGCUCUACCGCAGCUGCAGCAGUCCCUGCAACAUCUGCGCUACUGCAGCUGCAGCAGUCCCUGCAACAUCUGCUCUACCGCAGCUGCAGCAGUCCCUGCAACUUCUGCGCUACCGCAGUUGCAGUCCCUUUUUAUACUUCAUCUCAGUUUUCUUUCUUGCGUUCUUCCUCUAUCCAGGCAUAUUGCCCCUUUUUGAUGCUGCUUUCCUUUAGACAUCUUUCACUAUGCAGUGCGUGAAAGCGUGUUUCUGCACACGCACAUAUGUGCACACACACCUCAUCACCAAUGUGUCUUUUAAGUCUGAGAAAACCAUUUAAUUCCUGCAUGUUUUCGUCGUGCAUGUUUGGAUAAUGUGACAUUCUGUUUGCAGGCAGAAAUCAACACUAAGCUGCCUUAAUGGAGGUGGGCGGUGCUUAGCAUGGGCGUGGUCAGAGAGGGAGGGGGUGGGGGGGUUGUUAAAUCCUGCAUGAGGUGAGCAGUUUUUGUUCUCCUUCCUUCAUGAAACGUUGAAACUGUGAUUCUGCAGAAAACGCUGAACAACGAGCCGCAGCUUUAAAUGAAUCGUGGGAACGGCAGGAAACCAAUAAAUCCACAAUUUUUGUCAUUUUUCUACAAUAAGCAACGACUGUUUCUUUUAUGGAAAAGGACCAAACUGUAUUUCCUGUGUUUAUUGUCAAUGCUGGUUUUAAAACAUUAAAGUUACUUUUUCAAUUCAAAGACACUAAUUUUAAAAAAUUUUCACUGAUGGGACGCCAGCAGGAAAUGAGCUGAGGGUCAAUAUACGAAAACUGCUGCAAAACCUGUUUUUAGCUGCUGCUUCAGGCAAAAAAAAUCUAAAUCUUUAUGGUUUGAUAAAAUGUUUGAGCAUCAAUAAAAAUUAAAUUUUUCCCUGAACUGUCAGUUUAGUGUAAAUUUGAUUGCUGUGCCUUUAUUCUGCUGCCUCCUGGUGGCCAAACGUGGUAGUGCAUCCCACUCACUUUCAUUUACUGGCCGAAUAAAAAAAAAAAAAAUAUUUGCAAACAUGAGAAAAACUGCAAAAAUAAUUUAUUACAGCCUUUCUUAGUAGUGCUGCAUCGUACAGGAGCUGCAGCUUCGCAUCUGCUGUAAACAAAGAAGUUCAAAGUCUCUUUACUGAGGCAAAUUCAUCUGUACUGUUUUUGUGUUUUAUUGUUUACAGUGCAGUGAACAAGUUCCAAUGUUUUCUGGGAACAAUAUGAUUGUUUAUUCAAAGAGAUCUUUUAUUUUUUUGUUUAGAGGAAUGUCUUUACGCUUUUCUACUGUCAGAUCAGACAUUCUGCUCAAGUGUUUUUGACUGAAUCAUAAAUUAAAUGAAUACAAACGAUCA